CCGUUACCGUUUCAGGAACCUACAGCAUAACGUAUCUGAUAAAGAAAAGCGUGUACAGCCCACGAACAAAGAAGACUCAGGAACCGUUCAACCACCCCUAUUUCCAUUCCUUCCCGUCUAUGUCUGAACCGUUCCACCAGUGAGAAUCCAUCACUUUUCUUCCUCAAAGCAACCUUUACUUUCUCUCUCUCAUUCCCUUCUUCCUUCCUUCCUUCCUUCCUCCCUCCACUGGUUUUAGGGUUUCCCAACAAUCGUUCUCUGCAGGUGAAGGCGAGCUUCGGCUCAAAAGCUAAGCUCGCCUAAACCAUGCCUAACUUUUUUUUCCUCUCCUUUUGCCUCCUCUUCACCCUCCUCGUUCCCAUCCAUUCCCAUUCCCAUUCCCAUUCCGAUUCAUUGUCACAUCUUCUCUUACCUUCUGAAACCACCGUUGAUCUCUGCGCCGAAACGUCCCAGCCCUCCACCUGCCCUGUCAAUUGCUUUCGAACAAAUCCCGUCUGUGGCGUCGAUGGAAUCACCUAUUGGUGUGGCUGCGCUGAUGCUAUGUGCGCUGGUACCCGUGUCGCGAAAUUAGGGUUUUGCGAGGUAGGGAAUGGCGGUAGCGGUCCCGUCUCUGGACAGGCUCUACUUUUGGUUCACAUUGUGUGGCUCAUCGUUCUAGGGUUUACGGUUCUGCUUGGCUUUUUCUGAUUUCAGAAAACUGACGAAUUGAUGUACGCUUAGUUCCUUUUAUGUUUCUCUGUUUUCUGGUUUUCCGGACUUUCUUUCCGGAGUUGGAUCAUAAUCCUUGUAUUUUUUACAUUCUUGUGUGUAUGAGAUAAUUCUUUUUUUCUUUUAGUACAACAAUAGUUCUGCACAUAUUUGUCCUGAAUAAAGGAGAUCUGAUUCUUUUUUCAA